AUGCACCGGACUUUAUGUUUCGCUACUUUCAACAGGCUUGCCUUGACGCGCUCACUGUCUUCAAUUAUCUUCCUGUCGUCCCGUAGUGCUCUACGCAAGCAACGCCGAACGGUUAUGUCUUCAUCCCAGUGGACAUCUGAACCAAGGGUAUUUUCGCCUGCUGGCUUCGGCUUGCUUGAUACAUCCCUGAAGAUCGAGGAGGAGACGUUACCAACUUAUCAGCCCGAGAAGUACUAUCCGACCCAAAUAGGAGAAGUGCUCGAUAACAGAUAUCAAGUACUUGCCAAGCUGGGGUAUGGUGUCACGUCAACGGUUUGGUUCGGUCGUGACUUGGUUGAGUCCAAAUACAUUGCUCUAAAGAUCUUCGUGAAGGACAGGGAAAGAAACCACGAACUGGACAUCUACCAUCGUAUCAACUCAGUGGAGUCUGAUCACCCAGGAAAGAGAUUCAUCCGCAAACUGCUCCAUCAUUUUACGAUCGCAGGCCCUCAUGGCCAGCAUAUCUGCCUUGUCCAUGAGCCCCUAGGAAUCAGUGCAAGCGAUCUGAUAAGAUGGAUACCUGGGCGAGCAAUGUCGCUCGAGGAUCUGAAGCCUUAUAUUCAACUGAAAAAUUUACUUCUUCCUACGCCGAUGCCAAAGGCGCUUUCCGACUUCGAAGAACAGGAAGUGAAGACACAAUCAGCAAGGAAGGUCCUUCACGACCGGACAAUUUAUACAUCAUCGCGUUUCCCUCCUGGAGACGGAUUGCCUCUUCUGAGUGAUUUUGGCGAAGCUCGAUUUGGCGACCAGCAACAUAGUGAAGAUAUCAUGCCAAACCACUACAGAGCACCUGAGGUUAUUCUCAGGUCGAGCUGGGACUACAAGGUAGACAUCUGGAAUGUUGGCAUGGUUGCAUGGGAUAUCGUUAGCCCCUUUACUCUUGUUGAUGGAAGGAACCCAGAUGGGGUAUUUGAUGACCGCUUCCAUCUUGCAGAAUUGGUUGCACUUUUAGGCUCUCCACCACCUGCGUUCCGUCAACGAAGUCACCUUAGUUCUGUAUUUUGGGACAACGCAGGUAACUGGAAGGGAUUGACCCCGAUACCAGACAAGACACUUGAAGGUUUGGCCGUCAAUAUCAAGGGCGAGGACAAGGAAGGCUUUUUACGAUGGCUCCGACGGGCCUUGCAGUGGAAUCCCGAUGACAGACCAACCGCUCUGGAACUCCUCUAUGAUGAAUGGAUGAUGAAGGGACUGAAACUGGGAAAUAAGACCGAGAGUUGA